AUGACCUUAUCAAAGAAGCAUUUGAUCUUAGAUGUUAGUACCCGAUGGAAUGCUACGUAUGCUAUGUUGUCUACGACCUUGGAGUUUAAAGAAGUGUUUGUAAAUUAUGACGAUCGAAAAUCAACAUACAAGACCAUGCCGACCUCGGAAGCUUGGGACAAAGUUGAAGUUAUUUGCUCAUUCUUCGGGCUUUUCAACGAGGUUACAAAAAUAAUUUCAGGCUCUGAAUAUCCUGCCUCUAAUUUGUUUCUUAGUGAGUUGUAUGGAAUUAAAGAAGUAUUAGAUGAUUUGUCUUUAGAUGAGAGUAAAUAUAUGAGAGAUAUGGAUCUCAAGAUGAAAAAGAAAUUUGACAAAUAUUGGGGUACUUGUAAUUUGUUGAUUUCCAUUGGUGCUGUUUUAGAUCCUAGAUACAAGAUGAAGUUGGUUGAGUUCUCUUUUAGUUCCAUUUAUUCAGCGGAUGAGGCACCUAAGAAAAUGAAAAUUGUUCAAGAUACUCUUACUAAGAUGUUUGAAGAGUAUGUUGAACAACAUAAAGCGACUAAUGUUGUUCAAAUGAGUAGUGCACCAGACAAGAGUGAAAUUGGAGUUAAGAGUGGUUAUAACAAGUUAAGUUCUACAGUUGGUAUCAAUAGUGGCACGGCAAAAUAUGAUCAACAUAUCAUAAGCGUUGACACUUUUGCAAGUGUGAAGUCAGAGUUAGACAUUUAUUUAGAAGAAGGCGUGUACAUUGGUGAUUCAGGUGCAUAUUUUGAUGCCUUGGAGUGGUGGAAGGAGAAAAAUCUGAAGUUCAAAAUUUUGUCUAAAAUGGCUGCUGAUGUUUUGGCAAUUCCAAUAACUACUGUUGCUUCAAAAUCAGCUUUUAGUGCUGGUGGAAGAGUUAUCGAUGCUCAUCGCGCCUCUUUAGGGACGAAGACGGUAGAUAUGCUCAUUUGCGGAGCUGAUUGGUAUCGUCAUCAUUAUGGACUACACAAAAAAAAAACCAAGAAAACUGAUGAUAUGAUAUAUAUUGAACUUCCAUGA